UGUGUCACGUCAAAUUCAAAAAGUCAAAAAUAUUUCGUCAACAAAGUGUUUAGUGUUAUUUUUGUCUGCUUUUCCUGUUUAUGUAUUUUAUUUUAUUGUACUGUUUGUAAAAACAUAAUUUCAUUGAUGCAUAUACUUAGUUUUUCUUGAAAAUGGGGAUAUUUAUGUCCUGUUGUAAACCUUCUGCUUCAGAUGUGUUGACUCCUGACGCCGAAACGAGACGUCGUCAGCAAGUGGAGGCUGCUGAGCGCAGGCUAGCUGAGCAGGCGGCCCGAGGAGUUAAGGAUCCAGAACGGGUGAAGCGCAUGCAGCAAAGGUCAGAAGAAAUGGAAAAACGAGAGCAGGAGUUGCAGAAAGAUGGAGGUCCUACAUUGAGGUGGACAUCUGAAUGAGACGAGGAACCGUUGGUUGGCAACCAGUCAAAAGCUGAAAAAUAUAGAUAUAAGAACUGAAAGAAUUUCAGUUAGCCAUUAGAUCAGUGUUGUCUCCAUAAUUCCAUAUUUAUUGUCAAAUGCUUAAAACUGAGAUAUCAGGCUGAGAAAAAAACUUUUUUUAUUUGAUGUGUUAAUAUGUAAAUAUAAACAAUAGACAGUUUAGUAAACCUACUUUGUAUGAGUCAUAUAAUUUAAUCAUCAUCAUCAUCAUCAUAUAGGCCUUUAACAGUCUACAGCUGAAUAUUAUCCAGAUUAGCAACUGCAGUAAGGCUUUGGAGAUGUUUUAAGAGGGAAGCUGCUGCUCAUUCUGCACUCUUCCAUAGUCACUGCUUACAAUACCCAAAGGAACGGGUGGCCUGUUCUAUAACGGAAGGACACAGGCAUAAUUUAAUCAUAUUUAUAUAAAGCAGCUUUUUAUUCAUCAUGUCUGCCAAGAAAAAUGAUAAUAAUGGAAUCGAGAUCUAGACUGUGUUAGUAGUAUUAACUGAUAAGACAUCAUUGCUGGCAGAAAGAUGAGGAUGACCUUAACACAGUUGGCUCAUUGUGAAGAAUUCACUAGGAAUUAAUCUUUGUAGUUAUAGGAACCACAUAGAUGUUAACCAGGCAGGAUAUAGUGCUAGCAAUGUGGAUAUAUUACUUACAAUUCCCUCUGAUUACUAAACUUGUAUAGGAAUGUAUUGUAUAUUUUAUAAAAUACCUAUCUAGGGACCUAACGUUGUAUAAUUUGUGUAUUCAAUUAAAGUUAUAGUGAGGCUUUAUUUAUAUGUUGUUGUAAAUCAGUGUGUUAAUGUAUUUAUAUAUGUGUGUGUAACUUUUAUACUAUGAAGUAUCUCGUAUAUGGCUCUACCAAAAAAAUAUAUUAAUAUGUUUAAUUAAAAAAAAUAUAUCAACAAUAAAAUAACAAUGGAAUACUUAAAAUAAUUGUGUAUAAAAUUAUCUAUAUUGGAUGACCAAAUAUUUUUCUCGAAUUCUUCUACAUUUAAGUCAUUUUGAAAGAAUUAAUAGAUCCACCAAUCGGUGUUGCCACUUGCCUUUGAUAAUUUGAUACAAAAAAUAUCUUUUAUAGUAAAGUUUAUAAAUACAAUGUUUCUGAUACAUUUUUAAUUUGUCGUCUAAAUGGCUUGGUGUGACAAAAUUAAUUUGUAUUUUUGAAAGUAUUAUAUUAUUUUUAAAAUUUAAUUAGAAUAUGUAAUUCUAAUCAGGGCUAUUUCAGUCCACGCUCGGUAACAGGAGAGUCAAUGGUUAUUUCGAAUUUUUUAUAGUAUAGUACCCUGAAACUUCAUCUAUUUAACUUAUUGUAUGGAUAGCAAAUAAAAUGUCAUCAUAUCAGCUAUUCACCAGUCAACAUAGACCUUCCCCUAUCAGUGGAUUUACAAAUAGUUGUCACACUUGGCAGGCAGGUUGGUAACUGCAACUAGGCUUUGAUGUUUUAAAAGGGACGCUGCUGCCCAUCCUUUGAGCAUUAAGAUCUUUUAAUCAUCUCUUAGGAUACCUAUGGGAAAGGGAAGGGUGGCUUAUUGUGUACAGGGACCACACAGCCAUGUGACAUUUUUUACCUGUAUUAACUUAUUUUUAGUAUUAUAAUUGGAUGUCUAUUAAUUUUAAUUAUAAUAAGAAUGUUUUACAGUGCCCGCAGCGACGAGUAUUUUGUCAAAUCAAGCCAUGUUACUUAGGACAUAUGCACUGACUAGUUAUGUAAAUAUUGUAUUAAGUGUUGUACUGCUGGAUGUUGGCACAACACCAGGCUUUGAUAUUUAUUAUAAUAUGUGGAUAUUGUUGUUUAUAUGAAAUAAAUGUUCUAUUUAAUAUAA